AGUCCCAGGCCGGCUCUGUCCGUCUCGUCUCGGCCGACCCGCAGGAUCGACCCGAAAUCAACUUCCGCUUCUUCCGCGACCGCGGCGACGAGGACCCUGAAGGAGCUGGUCGAGGCCGCCAACCUGCUACGCGAGGCCUGGCGGGCCGCUGGCGAGCCCGCCCUGCCCUUUGACGAGCUACACCCCUGCCCGGACAAAAGUGCUCCGACGAGUCCCAGGCCGAGUAUAUCAAGCUCCAGGCCUACUCGCACCACGCGACAUCGACCUGGGCCAUCGGCGCCGACGACGACCUCAUGGCCGUGCUCGAUCACAAAUUCCGCGUCCGGGGUGUCGAAGGCCUCCGCGUCGUCGACGCGAGCGCCUUCCCCGCCGUCCCUGGCGCGUUCCCGAGCUGCCCGACUAUGGUGCUCAGUGCCAAAGCCGCUGAGGUCAUCCUGGCGGAUGCCUCCGAGAGGCUCCGGUAAUAUGGGCGCCUUGUUGGCCACGUGAUUACCUAACAACCUUUAGGUAGGUAUUAUUAGUUGCUCUACGGGGUCGUGCUAGGUGCGG